AUCGCACGGGUGAGUUUACUAGUACUGGAUAAUAGGAGUCUUGUUCUCAUUAUCUAAGCUCUUUCAUGGAGGCGUCUUCAGUCUACGGAGCUCGGAAUUCCUUCCAUUGUGCCAAGGAGAGCUCAGCUGAUUCCACCGCUCAAGAAGAUUUUUGUGAGCCAUCUGAGGAACUCUCAGAGAACGAAGACAAGUCUGAGGUCUAUAUGGCAUGUGUGAUGAAUGGUCAUAGAAUUGGGGUUUCCUAUUAUGACUCCAGCAUUCGCCACCUCUAUGUAAUGGAAAUUUGGGAAGAUGGGAGUGAAUACUUUCCCCUGGUUGAUAUGGGAACAACAAGAUGCAAUUUGAAAACCGUCAUUGUCAUUGGCCUCUUCUAUUUGCAUGGAAAGUAUCACCAGACCAGGACAAGUUGAGAUGAUUUCUAUAGUCAUGUCCCAAAAUUGAUAUUGUAUAAUCCACAUGCUUAUCCUGAUGCAUGAUUUUGCAACACGUUUGUCACGUGUUAGAAAUCAUGGAAAAAACAUGCAGGAGGUCGUGUGGUUGAUUUCCACGGAAAUGAGGGUGAUUGACUUACCAACGGGGAUUUGGAUUCCAACUAUCUUUGAUUCUAUUGUUGGUCUGAGUUUUGAUUUUGUUUCCUUUUGAGAGGUUUGGUAAUUUUGGUAGGAUGCUUUGAUUAUUCUACUUUCCAAAUUAUGAAGUGAAAAAUGCUUGUAGUCCCGAACUAUAUAAUGGGAGCUUAGUUUCACUUGUAAGCAUGCAAUCAAUAAUUAACAAGAAACAAAAGUGAAGGAAAAUUUCCAAAUACAAAAGGAGAAGGAAAAGUAUUAAACAUUCCAUUGCCCCUUUCUUCAUCCGUUCAUUUCCAUAUGUGAGAAUCCUGGUAAAUAACAUUUCACUUGAUGUUUGAUGUCUUUUCUGUAUUUUUAAAUUCAGUUCUGUCUCUGUUUGUUUCAGUAAAAUACCAAGUGCAACCUGGAGUCAUCUACACUAGCACAAAAACAGAGGAGUCUUUCUUGUCUGCUUUACAGAGAUGUGAUGAAGCAAGUAGGGCUGCCACUGUAAAGCUGGUAAAGAGUUCAAUAUUCAGCUAUGAGCAAGCAUGGCACAGAUUGAUGUACCUUCAGGUCACAGGGAUGGAUGGGAGCUUAAAUAUCAAAGAGAGGAUUGCCCUUCUGAGUUCUAUGAUGGACAUUAGCAGUGAUGCUCAAGUGCGCGCAAGUGGAGGGCUUCUCGCCAUACUGGAGGAUGAAAGGAUAGUAGAUACCCAUGAACAAAAUGAAUUUGGAAAUGCAUCAAUUGCUAUUGACUCCAUCGGUGAAAUUUCUUUAAAAAACUUUCUGAAACUUGAUUCAGCUGCCCAUGAGGCAUUACAGAUAUUCCAAAUAGACAAACAUCCUAGCCAUAUGGGGAUUGGCAAAGCAAAAGAGGGGUUCUCUGUCUUUGGAAUGAUGAAUAAGUGUGUUACACCAUUAGGCAGACGUCUUUUGAGGAACUGGUUUUUGAGGCCCAUACUGGAUCUUGAUGUUUUAAAUGCCCGGCUUGAUGCUAUAUCAUUUCUCUUGUAUGCCAAAGAACUAUCAAUUUCCUUGCGUGAAACAUUGAAGUCAGUGAAAGAUGUUCCCCGCAUACUGAAGAAAUUCAACUCCUCAAGCUCUACAUGCAUGAAUACGGACUGGGCUGCUUUUCUGAAGAGUAUUUGCUCACUCUUGCAUAUCAACAAAAUAUUUGAAGUGGGCAUUUCUGAAGAUCUUCGAGAUCAGUUGAAGUCUUUGAACAUAGCUUUUUGCAGGUUACCGAGGACCUUUCAAGUGAUCUGGCUUUUGUUUGUGAACUGGUAGUUGGUGUUCUUGAUGUAAAUAGAAGUAAAGAGAAGGGUUAUGAGACGAUUGUGAAAGACGGUUUCUGUGAUGAGUUGGAUGAGCUGAGGCAAAUAUACGAAGGAUUGCCUGACUUUCUGGAUGAGGUUUCGUCAAUAGAACGUGCAAGACUCCCUCACAUGAUGGGAGAUAAGGGUGUCCCUUGUAUUGUCUAUAUGCAUCAAAUAGGUUUCUUAUUCUGUAUUUUCAAUAAAAAACUUGAUGAAGAGAUGCAAGAGAAACCUCCUGAUUUUGAGUUUUCCUUUUUCGAUGAGGAUGGAGAUAACAAGAAGUUCUUUUACCGCACCUCAAAAACACGAGAGUUGGAUACCCUUCUUGGAGAUAUAUACCAUAAAAUCCUGGAUAUGGAGAGAGCAAUUACAAGGGACAUAGUAUCACAUGUCCUGCAAUUUGUAGUUCCCAUCCACAAUGCUGUUAAUUUUGCAGCUGAGCUUGAUUGCCUCUUAUCAUUAGCACUGGUUGCUCGUCAAAACAAUUAUAAAAGGCCGACCUUGACUGCACAAAAUUUUCUUGAUAUACAUAACGGAAGACAUCUUUUGCAGGAAAUGACAGUUGAUACAUUCAUUCCCAAUGAUACAAAGAUUUCAGAUGAAGGAAGGGUUAAUAUCAUAACAGGGCCUAACUAUUCUGGUAAAAGUAUCUAUGUAAAGCAGGUCGCUUUAAUAGUCUUUCUUUCCCACAUUGGAAGUUUUGUACCAGCUGAGGCAGCCACAGUGGGUCUAACUGACAGGAUAUUUUGUGCAACGGGAAGCAAGUUUAUGACUGCUGAACAGUCAACGUUUAUGAUUGAUCUGCAUCAAGUGGGAAUAAUGUUAAGGCAUGCAACCCCUCAUUCCUUGUGCUUAUUGGAUGAAUUUGGAAAGGGCACCCUCGCUGAAGAUGGCAUUGGUGUCCUUGGUGGAGUUAUAAAUCAUUUUGUAUCCUGUUAUGAUCCUCCAAAGGUUCUUGUCUGUACUCAUUUGACAGAAGUAUUCGAUAGUGGAUGCUUAUUGGAGUCCAAAAGGAUCAAAUAUUACACCAUGAGUGUGUUAAGUCCAGAAAAAGGUUCUGGUGAUCUUGAAGAUGUUGUAUUCUUGUACAGGCUGAUUCCAGGCCGUGCACUUCUUAGCUUUGGAUUACACUGUGCACUGCUUGCAGGAAUACCCCAAGAAGUUGUUAAGCGAGCAGUGGCUAUUUUGGAUGCUCUGAAAAAUGACCGGCAUAUUGAGCGGCUGCAAAGUGAGAAUGUAUUGGUUCGUGACCAGCAUUAUAAGGACGCAGUGGAGAAGUUGUUAGCCUUUGAUGCAAUGAAUGGAGACAUGCGCCAGUUCUUUGAAAACAUUCUUCCUUCAUAGUUUCAACAAUCCUCGCAUUACAUUAGUGUCUCAUACUCUCAUCUCCUUGCAUGCAAAACCUGUCGAAGUGUAGAUAAAUAUUUGAUAGAAUGUUAGAUGAGGGCUUUCCUAAAAUACUAUUGAAAUAAAAUUAUGGAUAAAAAUGUAACGUAAUUUACUAUGAGUAUACCUUCAUGGUUAUUGCUGUCUAGAAUUAAAUAUAAUCACACCC